AUGGUGGCACACGACUGCCCCUCAGAUCCACCGACACCGCCCUCAGUGGAGAACUGCUCAGGGGGUGGGCGGAGCAGACAUUCGGUGAAGGCCAGAGUCAAUGCAAAGCGCAAGAGCCUCUCUGCAGAGGAGAGGGACAGGAGGCUGGUCCAGGCGGCUAAGCAGCGGGCAGUGGGGGAGCUGAGGGCGCUGAUCGCCGCAGGGGCCGACGUGUGGGCGAGGGGCGAGUGGAGGGGGUGGACCGCCCUGCACUGGGCAGCAGCCAGGGGAGACGUCGAGGCGGCGAGGCUGCUGGUGGGGGCGGGGGCGGCGGUGGACGCCAGGGAUGACGGUGGGUGGACGCCGCUGCAUCACGCGGCAGCCAACGGCCGCGCAGAAGUGGCGGCUGCGCUGCUCGUCGCGGGGGCCGACAGGGGGGCCACAGAUGGUGGUGGGCGGACAGCGCUGGACCUCGCCAGGCACUACAACCACAGGCGGCUGGUGGAGAUGCUGUCAUGA